AACUGCAACUCCCGGAAUGCAGCGCGGAGCUUCCGGUUUCCGGCGAGAGGGCCAGAGGAGAAAGAGAGAGCGCGAAAGAGAGAGGAUGUCUCUCUCAGACUGGCAUCUGGCAGUGAAGCUGGCUGACCAGCCACUUGCCCCAAAGUCUAUUCUUCGGUUGCCAGAGACAGAACUUGGAGAAUACUCACUAGGGGGCUAUAGUAUUUCAUUUCUGAAGCAGCUUAUUGCUGGAAAACUCCAGGAGUCUGUUCCAGACCCUGAGCUGAUUGAUCUUAUCUACUGUGGCCGGAAGCUAAAAGAUGAUCAGACCCUUGACUUCUAUGGCAUUCAGCCCGGGUCCACGGUUCAUGUUCUGCGCAAAUCCUGGCCUGAGCCUGAUCAGAAACCAGAACCUGUGGACAAAGUGGCUGCCUUGAGGGAGUUCCGGGUUCUGCACACUGCUUUGCACAGCAGCUCCUCCUACAGGGAGGCGGUCUUUAAGAUGCUCAGCAACAAAGAGUCUUUGGAUCAAAUCAUUGUGGCCACCCCAGGCCUCAGCAGUGACCCCAUUGCUUUGGGAGUUCUCCAGGACAAGGACCUUUUCUCUGUUUUUGCUGAUCCUAACAUGCUGGAUACAUUGGUACCUGCUCACCCAGCCCUGGUCAAUGCCAUCAUCCUGGUUCUGCACUCAGUAGCAGGUAGUACCCCAAUGCCAGGAGCUGACUCCUCUUCCCGAAGCAUGCCCUCCAGCUCGUACAGAGAUAUGCCAGGUGGCUUCCUGUUUGAAGGGCUCUCAGAUGAUGAGGAUGACUUUCACCCAAGCACCCGAUCUACACCCUCUAGCAGCACAUCCAGCUCUCGACCAGCCUCCCUGGGGUACAGUGGAGCUGCUGGACCCCGUCCCAUCACCCAGAGUGAACUGGCCACUGCCCUGGCCCUGGCCAGCACGCCAGAAAGCAGCUCUCACACACCAACUCCUGGUACCCAGUCAGGAACGCCUAUCACCAAUGAUCUCUUCAGUCAAGCCCUCCAGCAUGCCCUGCAGGCCUCUGGGCAGCCCAGCCUUCAGAGUCAGUGGCAGCCCCAGUUGCAGCAGCUGCGUGACAUGGGCAUCCAGGAUGAUGAGCUGAGCCUGCGGGCCCUUCAGGCUACUGGUGGGGACAUCCAAGCAGCCCUGGAACUCAUCUUUGCCGGAGGAGCCCCAUAAUCUCCCUGCUCCUUCUGAACCCCCAGCAAGUUACAGAGGCUGCUGAUGAUGAUGGGAGACACUUGUGAAGAUGUCUCCAUUUCUCUUCUCCCCAAUAUACCUGAUGGUCAUCAACUCUCCUGCUUUGUCCAGUGUUUGGCCUUUCUGGCUGAUCUGAGCUGGUAGAGGCGGGGGGCAAGCAGAGUGUGCGGUCUUGGUGCUGUGGCAUCAGGGAGCAGGGUUGGCCCCUGGUUCUGGGCCCCAAAUAGAGGAUUUUAGAUCCACAUCAUGGAAUGCUGUGUAAUACCCUUGUUCACUUUKGGGAUUGGUAGCAGUAGCCCCCAGACUCUUUGGUGCUUUGGGGUAUGACAGCCUUAGGUUGUACCCAAGGCUGGAGCAGGGCUAUGCCAGUAUUCAGGGUGAUUGUUAUGUGACAGUUAUGGCCAGAAGAGGCUCAUGCUUCUGAGAUAACCACAGUCUAGGGAGUAGCCAGUGGGUUUUCAGAGGGAGCAAGUGGGUGGCUUGCCUUCCACAUUACUGCUUCUCCCAAAGCCUUUCAAAAACUUCCUUGUCCCUGCCUUGGUCUUGCCUUACCAAACAUUUUCUGAUGCAUUUUCUUUUUUUUCUUUUAAUGAUGUCAGAAUCCAGGCCUCAAAGCUGAGCCAGAAUUCAGGGUUCUUUCCUCUGCCCUAAAGGUAUAAGUACAAGAGCAGUUGAAUAAGGAUACUAAAUAACAAGACCAACACUAACAGGGCUAAGUUUUAAUAUUAAAGAGAGGGCACCAACCCUCCCAGCAGCUGCUCCAUCUGCAGGUCCUCUGGUUCCCUUGGCACUGCAUUCCCCGCUUCCUACAGCAUCAGACGUAUUCAGGUUGAGAAAGUGGGUUUUAUAUGCUUCAGGUACUUUGUUAGCAAAAAAAUCCUUUGCCUUCAUUGGCAUUUGAGUUCAUUUGAGAGCUCAUCUGUGUGGAAAGAUGCUCAGAGCUCUGUUCCUGCCCCAGACCUUGGCAGGUGUACAAUCUUUACCAUCCCCAGUCAUGGCUGUUUGGCCUCUUCUUGUUUCUUCCUGGGACAAAAGUCUUAAAUUUUUAAGGAUAGCCUAUUCAUUCUUUAAUGUUCCCCAGAGAAUUUACCCCAAGACCCUUUCUGCCCUAAGGAACCACGUAGAACUGUUCCCUCUUUGCAUUAGCAGAACUUUAGUUACUUAAAGAGUGUAACACUUAUCCCUUUGACCUGUCCUUGUUUUGGUCCCCUGAUCUUUUCUCUGGGUGUCCUCCAGUUUAUCAGUUAUUCUUACAGGAAGCACUCAGAAGAACCCGCUAUUCCAUAUAUGCCCCAAACAGCCCAUUGUUCUUUGUCUCCUACAGACAUUUUGAAAAGUCUUUACGCAUUCCUUCACAACCCUAGGAUUAAUGUUGAAAAGUGUUUGCAUUGGCAGAAAGACUCGAUUUCUGGGCCUCUACUGCCAGGCCUCUCUGGGCCUCAGUGGUCUGCCUGAAACCCAACUAUCUCAUGGUUGAGAGCAAAGACCAGGAAGCUUUGUCUUUGAACCCAGGGUCUCUUGCUUAUUUGUGGUGGAAACAGUCUGGUUCUAUUCUCUUGUGGUAGUUGAAUGGGGCUGACAUAGCCCUUCCUGUUCCCAUGAUACAGCUUGCCCUAGAUCUGGUUUCCAUUUUGUGGCAACUCUCACCCUGACUCUAAUGCCCUUCAAAGAUAUUGGGGCUCCUUAGCUUCCCAACCCCCUUAGGCUGUGGAGUAUUUGGGUAAGCCUGCCCAAUUGCCGGAACCACCCCAGUACCAGUUACACAGCUUCCCAGAAUUGAACUGAACCCACUGUUUCCCUUUCCCUUCUUUGUCAGCUCUUUCCUCCAGGGCCUUGGCAGGUUGGGUUUGCUUCCUGUGGCCAAGUUUUAAGUAAUAUAUGUUGGGUCUGAUAAAUGCCCCCACUGAGCCUGGGGUUUUCCAGGGCCAAAGACUCCUUCCUCACCAUUGUCUCUUUCACCCUUUCAACAAACAUUAAGCUUCUGUGCCUGGUAAACAUGGUGUCCUUGCUCUCAUAGAGCUGUGUCAUUGGUAAGACAGACAACACAUUUAUACUACAGCCUAAUAAGAACUGGACCAGGCAAGUCCAAGGCCUGUGGAGGUUUCUGGGAAAGGGAGCUCACUUAUUUGUGUGUGAGAAUGAGUGAAGCUGGUUAGAAAAAGUAUAAUCCAAGAUGAGAUCUGAAGGGUGUGGAGGAAUUGGGCAGGGACGUGUAUGUGCUUAGCAGCCUGGUAGUUGGGAGAGAAUAUGGCUCUUCUAUCCCUGUCAGGAUGGAUAUGAAGAUGGGUCAUGUAAGAAGUUUUGGCUUACCCUGAGGACAGUGUAGAGUUAGAAUUUUAAUCGCGAGAGUCAGAUUUGGUUUUUAGAAGGUCAGUCUGGCUGCUGGAGGUAAAUGGAGGGGAUGGAGACAGGUUGGAGAGAGGGAGCCCAGCAAGGAAGAUGAGGCAGUGAUCUGCUUAGAACUGAGGGCUGGCCUAGCAGCGUGCAAUGAAGGAGAAGGGUGGAAACAGGCCUAAGGGGUAAGAAUUGAUAUCAGUCUUUGGAAGAGGUGAAUAUAACCUAUUGUCAUCUCCAUAGAACAGAUGGGGAUACCAAAAUCAGAUGGGAAGAUCAUCUGUCCAUGAUCUCAUGGUUAGAAAGUGUACAAUUAUAGCUGACUGUUGACCAAAGUAGGGAGGACUACAUGAUAAGGGCUUAGAUCAGCCUGAGGAGCUCUGGCUUUAUCCAGAGAAGACUAAAGAGCACCCCUGGAAUGGCUUUGGGUAGGACAAUUGGGGAUCAGAUUUGUAUGUAAGAUAGUCUGACAGCUGCAUGGAGGGUGCAUUUGUGGGAAGUGAGAAUGGGGGUGGGUGUCCAGCUAGGAUGUUUGCUGUCUCCAGAUGGGACAUGGUGGAGGCCUUCACUUAAGCUUACAGCAGGGGAGCUGGGUGGAGGGAUAUGAAGUGUGAAGGACAGACUAGAUUUGAGGGUGAGAAAGAGGGAGGAGGCAGAAUGUGAGUGAGUAGGUGGUAGUACAGCAGGAAUAAGAAAUUGGGGGUUAGGAUUUAGAAUGCAAGACCAGUUUUGGACAUGUUGAGCUUAAAGUACCAACCAAGCAGAGAUAUCCAGUAGACAGUUGGAUGUACCUGGCCUUAAAGAGAGAUCAGGAGGUUUUAAGUUCAAGACUGGAUUUUCAUCAUAUGAGAAGGUAAUUCAACUUUUCAGGGAAAGGUGGAGGACAAAGAAUAGCCGCUAAGAAGCUUGACUUUAUAGGGAAUGAUAAGUGUUUGGUAAGAAACCUGGAAGGGAGUUGGGAUCUGCUACUUCUGGGAAGGCUAGAGCAGGACUCACCAAAGCAGAGGACAAAGGGCAUGGUCCUCACUGUAGCCAAAAGGCUGACCUUGGACUUACCAACUUAUUCCAUGGUGACCUUGAGGAUAUGACACAGUAGACCAGAGCCAGAUUGGAGGGUUGAGGACUGGAUACACUGGGGGGCAGUGGAGGCAAAGGGCAGAGAAAUCUGGAGGAUCUUGUUGGUUAGGGACAGGGCCAUAGCUAAAGGGGAGAUGGGAUUGAGUAAGCAUUGCAGUUCAACAGAGGUGAAGUUGGAAUUGAUCGCAAGAACUUUUCUAGGAAGCUGAGGGGAAAAAAAGGAAGAGAGACCCCAAAAUAGAAUAUGCAAAUAUGCAGAGAUGGGUAAAUUUUCUGAACAGAUCCCUUCUCCUGAUAUAACUCAAAUUUGGCUGGGCUGACAUGGGCUGGGCUGGCACAGCUUGCUGGGCACAUGGGCCCAGGUUCUGCUCCUCGCCUCAGCCCCAUCUGGCCUGGGCCCCAAACCAAGCAAACUCAGAUUCCUACCCUGAGGUGGCUUCUUGUUUCCUCUGCCCCAGGCCUUGGCAGUGAACUGUUAGUGAGGAUUUUAGGAAUUCAUUCAGGCCUCCCUCUGCUUCCCCAGACUUUUCCAACAUGUUGGACCCCCUCUGGCCCUGGGCCAGGGUUCAGUUCAGCUCAGCUGUGCCCCUGGUUCCCUUGGGCCCUGCCCAGUCUUAUUCCCAUAGGCCCUGCAGUUACUGGUGACACCKCGGCUUUCUCCAUGCUUGAAAUGGCUUUGCAGUACCCUGGGCAUUUGCCUCCCCUACCUUGGCAAAACUAGUUAACAGCAAUGCAGUACAAUAGUGCUCAUUUAUCACACAUCCUUUGUGCCAAGCAUUGAAAUAGGCACUUACAUGUGCCAUCUCAGUUGAUCCUCAUAACCAUCUUCAAAGGGAUAUGUUAUUACACCCCUGUACAGAUGAGUGCUUUUUGUUAGAAGAUGUCACUGACGGGAAAUGUCUUUCCAGGGUUUUGAUGAGUGUGUCAGCCAUGAUUUCAUCAAGGUAUCCACCUGGGGCCUUGURCUUUUCUGGCAGGCCAGAAAGUCACUCAGAGGUCUGAAGGGUCUGCUCACCACUCAUUCUGAAGUGGCAGCUCAGAUCUUGGAAGGGAAUUAGGCUUCUUAGAAUGACUAAACUUCAGGUCACUUUUCCACAGAUGACUUGACUUCUUGGAUCCUCUGAACCUGAGUUUUGUCCUAUUUGACAUUUCCCCUCAAUUUACAUAAGUGAAUAUUGACCCUGUGUACAUCAGAGAUGCCAAGUGCUCAGAACUGGGCUGGGGAAUAUUCUAGGUGGAAUCAGGAUCCGGACAGCAAGGCAACCCUAACUAGAGAGACAGCAGCAGGGAAAGUUCAGAAAACAAAUUGCUUUUAUGGAAGAAGGGGUUUCAUUUCUUCUCCUGGGUUCAGAUUCAAACUCAGAAUCUUUAAUUCAGCAUCCUAGAAAAUUGGAGAAUUGGACCAAAGAUGACCCUAGGUUUAUAGGAAAAGGAGAUAGCACCAUGGUGUCUAAACCUAAUCAGAGGCUUCCUAGGUGCUGGAAUCUGGAGUAAGAAGUCUGCCUUUUCAGCCUCUGUCAUAGGCGUUGUGUAUGACCUGAGGCCUGAUUUUUGGAAGGAAAGGACACAAAGUGGACUGCUUAGUGGCAGUUUGUUAAAUGACUAAUCAUGUCCUAGGAAUCAACCAGGAUUAGAGAGACUCCCAAGGAAAGUCCCAUGAGAGACUUAUUUGGAAAUGGGGUUAUAUACCCUGAAAAAGCAGAUUUAAAAGGAAAUGACUUAUAAAUCCUCAAAGGGCUGUAUGCCAGAAAGAGGGAUUAGACAUUGUGUAGUUUUAUUGGGCAGAGUUAGGACCACUGUUUGGAGUCUUAUAUUGGGAAAGAAAACUUUGGGUCAGAGCUACAGAAGAUGGGCAGGGCUGCUUGGUGAGGAAGCACACCAUCACUGGAAGCAGGUAGGCAGAAGCUGCAUGACUGCCAGAGAAGGGCUAUGGUGAGGGGCUCCCAGGUUGGACUGGAUGCCUCUGAGAACUACUUCCAAUUCCAAGAAUUGAGAUUCUUGGAUCAUUGCGUUCAUGAGAAAAAGUGAACUCUCUGUGAGAAAGCACCAGUCUGCAUGUCUACCUCCUCAGUGAAGUGGCCCUAGUAGGCCUAAGGAUCCAUCAGAGCUGGACGCUGGAUCAUUAACCCAUGGAGAUCACUUUGAAACAUACUGAAUUCAUCAUACAAGAGAAGAAAGUACAGAAGGUAGAAUGAGAAAAAUUUGUGUGUGGUUUAGAGAGGAGAUAGACCAGGAGAACUGCUGCUUUAGAUCCUGAGGCCUGGCCUGGGGCAGGAAAUUACCUAACUGGAAUUGGUGGCCAAGCCAGGACUUGACCUUUGGCCUCCCAGCCCCAUCUAGUCAGGAGAUGUUGUUUGGAUUCCACAUGACUUUCAUGGGAUUCUUCUCUGCCCUCAGGCCUCAGACACUGAGAAUAGAGGCUUAGAGAUGAAUUUGGGGCGUGGGAAUGAGGUGGAGGGAGGAGUUUGUCUUAGGAAGUUUGGGAGUAUCUACAUCUCCAAUACUUGGCUGUUCCAGAGUGGACACCAGGUGGCGCUCCCACCACAAGCCAAGUGCCAUCAGUAUUGGCUGAGUUUUGGCUAAGGGUACUGAGCUGUCCCCAACCUGUCAUGUUUUAGGUAAGCUGAAUGUUCUAAUGGAAAGAGAAGAGUCUGUCUUUUGUCUGCCAACCCCCUGUCCUCACUGAAUAUCCCUCUGUGGAUUUUUACUUGUUUUCCCUCUCAUUUAACUUGGCUGGCCUGACCCAGAUCUUAGCAAUUUAGAGUAGGGGCAAUCAAAUUAAAAUGUACCUAGAAAAUGACUAGGACAGAGAACAUAGAUGAAGGAAUGGGAUGCCCCUGGGAAGUGUAGACCCUUGGGGCUAAGCAAGCUGGUGGAAAUUGUGAGAAGCUCUCUUUUCAUAGGGGCUGAGUAAAUGCCUGAGAGGUGAUAGGCUCUGUGCUGGCUUAGGAGAAGGAGGCAGGUACUAAACGGAACACACUGGCAGAGGUUUGUAGGUGGGCAGAGCUCUUGGAGCGAAGUAUGGAUCCAGGGCCAUAUUAUUUAGAGUCAUGGGAAGGAAAGGACAGGAAUAUGCCUCCCCUUCAGAUUUUUCAAAUCCACAUCGGUUCUGAAGAGGAUUUCUCCACUUUCCUUGCUGGACCUAUUCUAAACCCCAGUGAAAUCUUCCAAAAGCUUUGCCAGGGGCAUUGGUAUCCUCUUUACCUUUUGAAUUAUUUGUCAGUAUUUUAAAACUGAUAGUUUCAAUAAAGAUUGAAUUUUCAUCUU